GCGGUGAACUGAGCCACAGAGCUCUGGUUCCUAGAGAGGAAGACCAAAAUAACAACAAAAAGAAAUUUGGAGAGAGGAGCGGAUGCCUGGGGAAAGAUGUCAAUCAUCUUGCCUCUAUCUUCCUGUACUGAUCCCUAGGAAAGUGCAAAAACUUGCCUUGGAGAGGAGCUGGAGGCCGGUGCGCGAAGGGAUAAACGAAUUAAAGGUGCCCGAGCUAUUCCAUGUGGUGACUAUGAAUGUCCCUGUUCCUAAAACAGCUUCAUCUGAAAACCUGCAGAGGCAUUCUGGCAGAGAAACCAAGAAGGAGAGUAAAGGGGAUACUGACUCCUUGGGGCACCAGGAGCUUGUGGCAAACCUUGGCGAUCAGGAUGGGCCCAAAUGGCUGAAGGCAACCCAAACAGAUAACCGGGGGGAUGAAGCUGCUUCCUUGACCAGUUGCAAGCCCCCUGAAAUCACAGACCCACAGAGGACACAGAAGGAAAAAAGCCGUAAGAUUUGCAACGUGUGCGGGAAAAGCUUCAGUUAUAAUUCCAACCUGAAGAGACACUGGAGGACUCACACAGGGGAGAAGCCAUACGGGUGCUCCUACUGUGGGGAAAGGUUCAAUCAGGCUACAAAUCUCAUCAGGCACCAAAGGAUUCACACCGGAGAGAAGCCAUACAAGUGUGCGGACUGCGGAAAGAGCUUUAAUCAGAGCCUCCAGCUCAUUCGCCAUAGGAAAAUCCACACGCAAGAGAAACAGUAGAUUUAUUUUGCCCUGGAGAAGGCUUCAGUCACAAGCCUUUACAUGAAGGAGAGAAAGAGAGAGAUUGGCUGACCUACCAUGCAGCAUCAUGCCCAUGGGGGGACCAAAUGUCUGCGCACUUUCGCAGGAGUUCCCUUGCCUGAGUGCAAAAAUUGCAGAAACAGAGUUGUGCAACAUUGAGACCAUUCAGUAUAGAAUAUGUAAGGUCAUUAUAUAUACAAGGAGGAGCCUCGUGUGUGUGUGUGUGUGUGUGCGUGUGUGUGUGUGUGUGUGUGUGUGUGUGUGCAGAUGAAGGGGAUGGAGAGAGAAUGAGAAUAAAUCAUUCUCUCUGGCAAAACCAGAAUAAAUUAUUAUUACAUUUA